GGAAAAUAGUUGAAACAGAGUUAAUGAACCUUGAAUAAAACACACCUGUGAGCGUGAGCAGGUGGUUGAGGCUGCAGGUGAGUCAGGUGAAGCAGCUCUAAGUCCUGCUAAGAGGAUCUGUCUGCACACACACACAGUAAGCUGAGCUUUGCGUGCUGAGGAUCAGUUGUGAGUCUGAUGUGGUCGAUGUGUUGAACAGAGGGAUGAUGGGAGCUGACCGCGACUCGUUUGAGACGAAUCCCCGAAGACACGACUGACCUCUGAACCCGAGCGACACAUUGAACAAGGUGUCAUGGACGCCGCGGAUCCGUCUCCUCUGCAGCAUUUCGUUGUGGCGAAGCGUUCGAUCACCUCUAUCUUUGAUCAGCUGCUGGACUUUGUGAAGGACGGUUCCGCCUUCGUGGACGAGGCGUGGCGGGGCGACGAGCUGGGUCAGGUGGCCGUCGAGGAGCAGAGUCUGGAGAUGCAGAGUUGUGCCACCAAACUGUCGACCAUCAGAGAAGUCCUGCUCAGGAGGCACAUGAAGGUGGCGUUCUUCGGCAGGACCAGUAACGGGAAGAGCACCGUGAUAAAUGCAAUGCUGAGAGACCGAGUGUUGCCCAGCGGCAUCGGUCACACCACCAACUGCUUCCUGAGAGUUGAAGGGACCGACGGAGACGAGGCUUACCUCACCACCGAGGCGACCAAUGAGAGGAGGAGCGUCACCACGGUGAACCAACUGGCACAUGCUCUCCACAUGGAUCCGACUCUGGACUCUGGCAGUCUGGUUAAAGUCUUCUGGCCUAAAAGCCGCUGCGCUCUGCUGAGAGACGACCUGGUGCUGAUGGACAGCCCUGGCACUGAUGUCACUCUGGAGUUGGACAGCUGGAUCGAUAAGUUCUGUCUGGACGCUGACGUUUUUGUUCUGGUGGGAAACGCUGAGUCGACGCUUAUGAACACCGAGAAACUGUUCUUCCACAAAGUCAGUGAGAGAAUCUCCAAACCGAAUAUCUUCAUCCUUCACAACAGAUGGGACGCUUCAGUGAGCGAACCUGAAUACAUUGAGGAGGUGAGGAAGCAGCACACGGACCGCUGUGUGAGUUUCCUGGCUGAGGAGCUGAAGGUAGUCGGGAUGGACGAGGCGCCCGGGAGAAUCUUCUUCGUCUCGGCCAAAGAGGUUUUGAGCUCCAGGAUGCAGCGAGCGCAGGGCAUGCCUGAGACAGGUGGCGCUCUGGCUGAAGGUUUCCAUGAGAGACUGAGAGAGUUCCAGAUGUUUGAGAGGACGUUUGAGGAGUUCAUCUCUCAGUCUGCAGUGAAGACGAAGUUUGAACAGCACACAGUGAGAGCGUGGCAGAUAACCGAGGCCAUCAAAGGUCUGAUGGACGCCAUCAACAUCGCCUCCGCCGACAGGAAGAUCUGCUGCCUGGAGGAGCGUGAGGACCAGAGGGACCGGCUGGACUUUGUUCGGGGACAAAUUAACCGUCUGACCAACAACGUCAGAGAGACGAUCAAGACUCUGGCGGAUGAGGUCGCUGCCAAGGUGGCGGCGGCGCUGUCCGAUCAGAUCUGUUCUCUUCCUAUUCUGGUGGACGAGUUCAGAGCCGAUUUCAACCCGACAAAAGAAACUCUGGAGCUCUACAAAACUAAGCUGCUGCAGCACGUGGAUGAGAGGAUGGUCGGCUGUUUGGCGCAUCGCUGCUCUGUCAGUGUCCUCAGAGACGUCAGAGACGCACAGAGACAGAUGAUCGAUAGCGUCCGUCCUCUGCUGUCUCUGUCCGUCCAGGAGCAGCUCUCUGCUCCCUCCUCAUCCUUCGAGUUGACCUAUGACCUCGGCCUUGCCACCCUCUGUGCAGAUUUCCGUGAAAACAUCAACUUCCAGUUUUCUCUGGGCUGGACCGCCCUCGUCACCCGCUUCAUCGGCACCACCAAGGCCAAGCGAGCACUGAGCAGCUCCGACCCACGACUGCAGGAAAGAUCCAGCUUUAAGGAGGAGAUGGUGGUUUCCAUAGCGACAGGUCUGGUCUCCGUCACCUCCCGGGCGUCGAUGACCGUGCUGGUGGUCGGGGGCAUGGCGUGUUUGUUUCUAAGGCGUGACGUGUUUGUGUCUCAGGUGUGGCGUUCGGUGGGCUGGCGUCUCAUCGCUCUUUCCAUCUCUCUGUACGGUCUCCUCUACCUGUACGAGAAACUCACCUGGACCGACGCCAGCAGAGAGCGCGUUCUGAAGCAGCAGUUUGUGGAGCACGCCACCCACCGCCUGAGAGCCGUCAUCCCCGUCUGCAGCUCCGCCUGCAGCCAGCAGGUGUACAAGGAGCUGUCGUCCACAUUCAGCCGUCUGACUCAGAGAGUCGAUCUGAGUGAAGCUGAGCUGGAGGGAAACAUCCGGCAGCUGAGCUUCAGGAUCCAGAGACUGGAGAACAUCCAGAGGAGGUCCAAGGCCUUCAGGAACAGAGCCACGGAGCUGGAGACUCAGCUGGAGGCCUUUUCUGUUCAGUACCUGCAGGGAAACUGAAGUGAGCGGCGCCCCCUGCUGUUCAGGUCUAACGGUGUCACACAGAACUGAUGCUGCAGUGAUCAGCUGACGUGGACUGUAAUAUUUGACCUGUUUAAGACAACAAACUGUGAUCAGAGUCCUGCUGAUCUGAUCUGGGAGCUGGUGUUACCUGAACUAGCAGCUAAUCCUCACCUAACCUGUUAGCGUCAUAGAUCAAUAUAUCUGUGGGUUGUUUCUGAUCAGUGAAAUAAAUCACGUUCGUUCUUCUGUGAUGUCACA